AUGCAACCUGGACAGUUGCGACGCGAGCAGCCUAUACAACCUUCGUCGAUUCAGAAGAUGCUAGAUGAGAACGUCCGACUUAUACACAGUCUUAUGGCACAUCAGAGAGUUGGAGCCGUUAAAGAAGCAGUGGAAUUAGAACGUGUUUUACAUCGUAAUCUUAUUUAUUUAGCCACAAUUGCUGACCGUACAGCGACGCAGCCUGCAGUCGGAGCAACAAAUUGUUCACAUCCAAUUCCUUCCGGUUUGACUCAACCUAAUCAAAUUCAAGACUCUGCACCAAAUUAUCCAUUAUCUGUAGUUAACGCAUCAUCGGAUCUGUCCCAGUCGUCUGUUGUUGGACAACCUCAUCAAAUCUCAGUUAACUCGUCAGUUCAGCAUCCAGUACCUAUGGCAGUCGGUCCUACAACAAUAUCUACUGUUGGGAAUCCUAUUAUGUAUCAGCAGUAUCUUGUUUCCUCUGCUUCUCAUGUUCCAAAUAAUUUACAAGUUACAUCACAAAAUCAUAUGGGAAUAAGUGGUUCUAGUCAGUUUCAACAACACGAACGUGUAGUGCAACAUUCUGGUGGACAAAUCGCAUCUGUUGAAUCGAGUGGUACCGUUUCACCCAAUUCAAUCGCAAUGGUUUCCUCAUAA